AGGUAAGGUACAGGUGAAAGCAAGGCCCAUACCCCUUCACUCCCUUCGCUCCUGCUAAUCUGGGAAAUCUUUAUCAUACUCACCUGCCACCUUAAGGUGAAGCUUCUUUAGCCCAACAGCGCAAUCACAAAGAAAGAAAUACCGUGGGAUCCUUCCUUCUUUUAAUCACUAGUAUACUACAAAUUCAACACAACGAGGUCCGUCAAGAUGAAGAUACUUGUCGCCAUAGGUGUCCCAUUAGGCCUCGUUACCACUCACGCCAACGCGCAGCUUCACUCAACCACCACAGCCCUGACUGCCGCCUCAUGGAAACCCAUCAAAGCUAUUGCCACCACGAUUCCCGACGAAUCGUUCCUCUCUGUACUUCCUGCUACCUUCCACACUGUCACCUUUCCCGCCCAACAAGGGUCUAUCGACACUCUCCCCACCACCUUUGUCCCCCAUGCGGUCUCUAAAAAUAUAAUCAACAGCCGAGCCAGACCCCUCGCCAAGAGCCUCGAAGGCGAUGGCUCCUACAAGCAGGGUUCCGAGGACGAAGAUGGGCCCAAAGACCCCGAAGAGGAGAAGGGCCACCUUGGCCUCCCCACGCGCGCCCAUGCCGCUGAACCCUCCUCCGCCCUUACCGGACACCGUCCCAACGCUCGCUCCCUCUCCGGCAAGAAGGAUGCCGGGGGCUUUUUGAAGACCUGCGCCCCCAACUGGGUCGUCUGGGAGCUUAAUAGUGCCAUCUGGGCCCAUUGCCGCGGCAGUGGCGGACGCCGAGGAAAACUCUUUUGGUCUCGUAUCGGCUUGGACCACAUGCUCGGCAACGAGCGCGGCCAGCUGGCCUACCGGCGAAACGGCUCCUUCUCCUCGACUUGCAUCGAUUGCAAACGCUGGGGCACAGCUCACCUCGCGUGCAGGUGCCUGGAUGGACGGGGCGACUUCCAGGCCACGAGCAUCAACCUCGGUAAGUUUUCCUACCCUUUGGCGGGAAGGAGUCCAACUUACGGGUUUGUAGACAAGUAUAUCGGUAACUUUGACGGCCUCCUUUGCUCGGAGUAUGAGUGCGGUGCCCGCGAGGCUCCGCCUUCCAAUGGAAACUGAAGCUCCCCUCGCCUUUAGUCGGAGCUUGGCGUAGGGAUCUUCAUCUGAUUGACAGCAAGAUAUCUCUUGGGAAGAGGGUCUAGGACUAGAGCAGAUGCGAGGGAAAAUUGAACAGUUGUAUUUUAUCAUCAAGCAGUGCGUUUAGGGGGCAAUUCAUGUAGUUGAAAGUGGCUUGUUUCUUCUAUCUAUUGUGCUAUAAUCCACGUUCCUUAAAUAUUGCCUCGCUUGGUGGAUUCCGCCG